AUGAAGGCCGCAGUCGCACGGCACGCAAAGAUAGGCAAGGCCAGCAAAGCCGUCAAGGUCUACUACACACCCGGCGUACCAACAGCUGAAGCGGGUGUCAGCGGCGACCUGCGCUUCGGUUCGGACCGCUCGUUCAUGAAUGAGCGAACAGCACUCCACGAAAUUUCGCAUACGCUCGGUGUCGGCCAAACUACCGCCUUCGAUUCCAUGUGCUCGUCUGGCGACUGGAAGACGGCCUUACCGCUGCUCAAGUCUUGGGACGGCGACGACGCCAAGAUUAGCUGCGGCGGCUCUCGUUCCUGGCCGUACGGUCUCAACUACGACAAUGAAUGGAGUGAGACGAACGGGGACCGCCACGUCGAAAUCAUCAACGCCAUGAUCGCCCAUGGCAGGUAA